AUGGUUGAUGUCCCCGGGGAUGGCAAUUGCUUGAUAUGGAGCUUGUUGUGCCUCAUCCAGCAGGAUUCUGAUAUGCAGAAGUUCCGUCCGUCUUUGCAACAAAGGACGCGGAGCAUGUUGGCCGAAAUGUGGAUGUCUGUGGCUAACAAUGGAGAGUGGCAAAAGGUCUUCAAACAUUUGUGCGCUGACGAAGGGGAGGCUCCUGCUACACCCAAGAAGUCAAACAAGGGGGGCAAGCACAAAGGUGAGCAAGGCGAUCCCAAGAAGUCCAACAAGGGGGGCAAGCACAAAGGUGAGCAAGGCGAUCCCAAGAAGUCCAACAAGGGGGGCAAGCACGAAGGUGAGCAAGGCGAAGGUGAGCAAGGCGAAGGUGAGCAAGACGAUGAGCCUACCACACCUCCUUACAAACCUGACAGGCCUUUGCGGGUUGUAGUUUCAGGCAAUCCAAAGCCAGUCUCUUUGGGAGCACCUUCCGAGAAACCGGCACCCAAGUUGAAGACUCGAGAACAAGCUGCGUCUGAGGCUUUGGUUGAACCUGUGUGUCCAGAAUUGACAGGCAUGUAUGAUUCGUAUAUGGAGGAGACUCAGAAAAAACCACGCAGAAGCCGCAAGAGAAAGAGCCAGGAAAAGCAAGAUGAACCAGAGGAAGAGGACCAAGAUCAGAGCCAAGAUGAGGAAGUAGUAGAUAUGAUGGUGAGGAAAAGACGCAGAGAGAAGUUUCCACGUGCUUGCAAAUCUCGUCCACUUACUGAGGAGAAGAGGCGGCAGGGUGCUCUGAAGUUGUACUUGGCCAAGCGUCAACUCUCCUAUGGUUUCUUCCUCUCCUUCCAUAGCCGUGCUGGGAGGUCUCAAAAGUCCGGAGGCUGUGACAAGGGAUUCAAGAAAAUGCAAGUCGACUUGCUGCAGAACAAGUUGCCCGAAUGUGUAGUGUGUCAGCGCCUUUUGGAGAAGAAAGGCAUUACUUUGGAAGCAUUGGAGGAAGCUUUGGAGGAGCCAGCUGAUUUAGAUGCUGGCCAGCAAGACCAGCCUAAAGACCAGCAUGGUGCACCGGAGGAGGAUGCAGCAGCGGCCUCAGGCAAUGUUGAGGAUGAUGCAAAGGAUGAUGCAGAGGAUGAUGAAUUCAAUCACUUGGAAGCGAUCCGCAAGUACAUGAAAACCUUGGAGCCAGUGAUUGAGCUGUUGGAGAAUGGAGAUGGUACUCUCAACUAUCGCUGCACCAUCUGCACAACGAAGCAAUUUCCUGAUGGGAGGAUCAACAUGAUUCCCCGAGUUCAUUUCAAGACUGCGAAGAGUUUCAUUGAGCAGCACACCAAAAUGAGCCAGAAACAUCAGCAGCGGCUGGCCAAGAUGAACCAAAACAAAGAAGAGAAGCCUGUUGCUGACUCUGACCUUGUUCAAUGUGAGGGAUACUGCGUUAGCAGUGAAGAUUCACCUGGGAUCCUGAAUCAGUACUUCGAGGAGUACAAGCUUUGGGCAACCCACAGCCAGCUCAAUGGGAACGCAUCGCACAAGUACUGGAGCGAUGCUACCAAUGGCCAUUGGUAUGUGAGGCAUGUGGACUGCCUUGGGAAGGUUGAGCCAGGUGUCCAAGGUAAGCCUGCCAUGUGCUCAAAGUGCCUGGAAGCUGGUGAUGCCAGGGGUGUUGUUCGCGCUGUGCAGCGCUUCAUUACCAAGUUUUUCUUGGCAAUUUUCCUCAACAAGAAGAUCUUUGGUAGUGCUGAUGAUGUGAAAAAGUUUCAGGCAGAAGUUGCUGAGACGACCUUUGGGCAGCGAAACAAGAAGCACUGGGAUGGCAAAACUUCAAUGCCUCUUUCUGAAAUGCAGAGGGAUGUCCGUAGGAGUUGGCAGUCAAUGAACGAUGGCAACAAGACCCAGACCAUGGAUAUCUUCAUCGGCUCAGUCGUGACGCCUUGCAUGAAGAUCAAUGUGGGCGCAGUGAAUCCUGCUAUGGCAUCUCUGUCCAUGCAGUUUGUCAACGCGCUUGCUUCCAGACGACUGAAUGAACUUGACCAGAUCAAUGUCUCCAUAGCGAAGGCUGCCGUGACGGGUAAGCUGGAUGCAAAUCCAGUUUUGCAAGGAAUCAUUGUCCAAUGCAUGCGGCAUUUGGAUAAAGGAGAGAGAGGUGUGCUGACAGUUGGGCGCAAACCUUUGUGCACCGUCACAGAGGAAAAUCUAGUAUCCAAUGCUGCUUUUACAUUUGCACUUGCCGGUGCAAAUCGUGAGCUGGCUACUCAAUUGGGCCAAAACCUUCGGCCUCCUUCCCUCAAUGUGGAGACACUCCACGAAUUUAGCUUGCCAAACCCCAUGCUAGCUUUGAAGCAGUCAUUGAACAACCGGCUUGAGCUCAACACAGAGCUGGCAGACCAAUUUUUCCCAAGGAAAUCAGAGGUUGCUCGCAGGUUAGUGCUUGCACUCGACCACACAUACCUCCAACGUGGCUUUGCGCAAGCAAAGCUGGGCGACCGUGCCGGUCUUGUGGGAGGAUGCUGGCAUCCCGACCUUGACGAAAAAGAGGAGAACGAUAGAAGCUUCAUGGAUUUGACAAAGCUGCCAGACAAAGCUUUGAAGAGCCAGAAGGCACCAUUGAUGCUGGAGGCUUUGGUGUGGGAUCCAACCAGUGUGCAACGCAAUAGACCUUUGUCCUUGGCAUCAAUGCCAAUGUCGCUGAAGGCUAGUGACGCAGAUGGUUCCAUCAGCAAUCACGGGAAACGGGAAAUGCUGCGGGUUCUCGAUCGCAUCAUGAAGACUUCUUCUUGGGUGAUCAAGGCUGUUACGUUUGAUGCUCACGGGUCAAACGCAUGGAUUCGAGACAUCUUGUUUGGACAAUGUGACCGCAUCAACGAUCCUGACCUUGAUGGUCUUGAGUGGAUCCAGGCACUGACCUACAAGGAUCUGCCUGACAACGUCAUCCCCAACAUACCACUGAGACUUUGUUUCAGUGAAGGCUCUGCGGUAUUUGCUCUGCCAGGGGUCUGCCACGCUGUGAAAGCUGUAGGAGGACAACUGACUUCACCAUUGCGGAGCAUCAUGCUGGGCAAUUUCAUUGCUGACCACACCGGGGCCCUGCAUUUUGGAUUGCCUCCAACGGCAUAUUCCCGAGCAGAGCCCAUGAGCGACGCGUUGCACUGUCUUCUGUUCAACCCGUUUUUUGUGGUUGAGUCUCCGGAGUCUUGA